AUGGCAGAAGGUCUCGCCGCUAUUGGUCUCGCCGGAAACAUUAUCCAGUUCAUCUCAUUCAGUUUUGUGCUGCUGUCGAAAUCAAGGGAACUACGUCAGUCCGUAUCGGGCGCAUUGAAUGAGCAUGUCGACCUCACCAUCGUAUCCCAGGACAUCAGUGCUCUCAGUAGUAGAUUAACUUUGAAUGCAGCCUCACCAUCGCGACUCUGCAACAUCGCCGAACGCUGCAAUAUCAUUGCUGAGGAACUCCUGGAUGCAGUUUCUGGACUGCAGCACAAGCAGCAUGGGACGCGAUCUGCAAAAUCAACAACGAGAUGGCAGAGCUUUCGGAAAGCUCUGAAGUUCGUAUGGGGAAAGGCGCACAUCGAAGAACUGCAGGCAAGGCUGGAACUCCUGAGAAAUCAGGUCACGAUGCAUCUGGUCUCCGACACGAAUGACAACCAGAUCCAGCUUAUCGACCUCUUGGAGGAUUGGAAAAAGAAGAAUAUACAGACAGGCUAUGGUAUCACAUCACAAAUCCAGGCUCUGGACAGCCAGCUCCAAGCUACCCAGAAGCGCAUCUCAGCUCUCCACUGUGAUGCUUUCUGGAAGAAACUUCAUGAUCGAUUCUGUCAACUAUCUUCGGAGGUUCAUCGAGCAUCUCAGUGUCAUAUGAUCAUUGCGAGUCUCCGCUAUGAGUGUAUGCAUAUACGACAAAGUGCUAUCAGAGAUGCCCACCAAAGGACCUUUGCCUGGAUGUAUAACAAUAGUAUUCCCGAUAUUGGUGCUUCAAAUUCGGAUAUUCGGUUCGCACAAUGGCUGCAACAUGGCAGUGGGAUCUACUGGAUUACGGGAAAGCCAGGUUCCGGAAAAUCAACAUUAAUGAAACAUCUCUACGAACAUGAUGAGACGAUCCGGACCCUUCAAGUUUGGUCCGGAAACGUUCCGUUGGUCAGAGCGUGCUUCUACUUUUGGUCGCCGGGUCAACAGAUGCAAAAGUCUCUAGAGGGACUAUUACAAACCCUCCUCUACCAUGUACUAUAUGCUUGCCCGGAGUUGGCUCCAACGAUAUGUCCUGAAAGGUGGAACGCGGAACCUCAGCCUCAUGAUAUCACCUUGCCAAAGCCGUGGAAUCUCUCAGAGCUACAAAGAGCGUUUGCCUUGUUUCGAGCUCAAUCUACUGUCAACACCCGAUUCUACUUUCAAAUAGACGGUCUUGACGAGUAUUAUGGAGACAGUUGGGAUGUGAUCGAGACACUGAAAGACCUGUCCAGUACUCCGAACGUCAAAUUAUGCCUUUCCAGUAGGCCUUGGAACUGUUUUCAAGAUUCCUUCGGAAUGGCCAACGCAAACGUGCUUCGACUACAUGACUUUACAAGACCAGACAUCGAACUAUUCGCACGGGAGAAUCUGCUAUCAUACGAUCGCACCACGGAUCUCGAACCGAAUCUUUUCGAUGAUCUUAUUCAUGAUAUUGGAGAGCGAGCACAGGGAGUGUUUCUUUGGGUACGUCUUGUUGUCAAGUCGCUCCGCAAUGGCAUGAUCAACGAGGACCCUGUGUCCCUACUUCAGGAGCGGUUGCGCGCGAUACCUUCAGAUUUAGAAGAGUUCUUCGAGCACAUACUGGGGUCCGUCGAAAGGAUCUAUCGGAGCCGGAUGGCCGGUACAUUCCUCGCCGCUAUGCGAAGCCCUCGUCAACUGAAAUUGAUACAUUACUACUUUCUGGAACAGGGCAACACAACUUUCGGCUUCGAGAUGCCCAGCAAGAGAUGGCGACAUUCCUCAAUACAGAAACGUGCAACACAGACCGAGAGACGGCUCAAUGGUCGAUUCAAGGGCCUGCUGGAGGCAGCUUCCCCAACCGAUGCAGAGCUAGAAAAUGAGCGCACACGGCCAUUUCACACUGCAUGCGGUCUGAACUGCGACAUUAUCCGUUUCGCAGCUUCCAUUGGCUACGCGAAUUAUCUGAGCUAUCGGAUGCACAAGGAUGGCAGUGUAUUGGAUCUCAACUGUAUACUCAAACAUGCAAUAGCCUGCCCUCAACUGUUUGAACUUGGAGUCGACCCUAACUUUGUCGUUAAUGGCGCAUCCAAUUGGAUCAGUUUCGCAGACGAAGUGACAAUCUCGAUGGACGGCAGAAGAAAAGACCAAUGCUGGACUGUUCUAGAAAUGUUUCUUGAACAGGGUGUCGAUGUCAACAUGGCGAUAAGCAGCUGGAUCAGCAUGCUGACUCGCAUAGAUGCCACAUUAGAGGAUAAUCUGCGGACCACGUUGCGAUAUUUCAAGCGCCUAUUCAGCCGCGGCUUGAACCCGAACGCUACGCUGCGAGGUACAACGCUUAGCAAAGCCUUCCUACGGACGCUAGCAAGUGACUCCUUACAUCUGCCGACUGCUUCGCAGCGCAUCAAACACGAGAUUUUACGAGAGUUCCUUCGAUACGGCGCUGAUAUCUCCGUUGUAUACAACGACAGGACCCCUGACGGAUGGCUUACUUGCGUAUGCCAGGAAUUAGCAACUGGUCGAUCAUCGUCAAAAGAUUUGCUUAUUCCGCGUAUCGAACAAUAUCGCAUCCUCCUUGAACAUGCAUUAGAUCCCAACGUGGUCACACACGGUGACCGCACUCUAUGGGAGGUCCUCCUCGAAGCCAUGCGUAAUGGCGUCCAGCAAAGUGUACACGACAUAGAGUUCAAACAACUCGUUCGCGAUAUGCUCCAUCUGUCUUUGCAGUAUGGUGCGGACCAUUAUGUACCCGGAAUUCCCCAGCUGCUGAUAGUUGCUAUGCCUAUUGCCCUAUUCUCUGAUGACGAACUCGCCGAUCUCGACCGAGCGCUCCAACGCGAAGACGAUUACAGGGAAUGCCGAGCAAAAUCGCAAUACAUUCAUCCGUCCUUCCAUACCUUGGCAACAGGCACGGCAGGUCGAGAAACGCAAACAUGA